AUGUUUCUCCAGGCUGUUGGACAUGGAAUGGAGCCUAGCUUUCUUGCCGAGGCGAUGAAGGCCACAAGAGAGUUCUUCAACCUCCCACUAGAAGAGAAACAAAAGUACUCGAACAUUGUCGACGGCGUGAAGCUAGGCAUAGACAUUCUGUCUGAGUACACCAUCAAGUGCAAAGCCGCGGCUAACCUUGUCUUUCAAAACAUGGCCAAGAUACUCAAUUUACAAGAGGAACACCUGGUAAACAUGAUCGGCGAGAACUCCAUCACCCAAGCUAUAUUCAACUACUACCCUCAGUGUCCAAGGCCGGACCACGUCUUGGGCCUGAAGGCCCACACCGACGGCUCCAUAAUCACAGUCAACUUCGCCGAUGCUGAGGGGCUCCAACUUCAGAAAAACGGCGUCUGGUACAACGUGCCCGUCGUUCCAAAUGCAUUGGUUAUGAACAUAGGAGAUAUAAUGGAGAUUUUGAGCAAUGGGUUUUUCAAGAGCCUGGUGCAUAGGGUUGUGACCAAUGCAGAGAAAGAGCGCUUAUCGUUGGUGCUGGUCUAUACAUUGGAGCUAGAGACAGAGCUUGAGCCGGUGUCAGAGCUGGUGGAUGACAAGAGACCUGCGCGAUACAUGAAGAUCAAGCUCCACGACUACAUGGAAAAAUACCAUGACACUUAUGCCACAGGGACACUAGCCAUCGACGGCGUGAAGAUCUCAAUAUGA